UGUGAAAAAGACUUUUCUAACAACUUUAUUUUUUUAGAAAAAAAUUAAAGACAAUUUUAAGAAUCAAAAAAUGUUUAUGUCAAUUUUAAGAAUCGAAAAAGUUUAAACCAAUGUUAAGUAUAAGUACAUGCUUAAUUCUAUGCAACUGUUUUUUCUUGAGUAAGGUCAUUAGUUAUUUAAGUGACUUAGUUCUAGAAACGAUUUCAUUAUUAAAUAUUUUAAGACAUCAAAAACGUGUGAUCUAAUUUUAGGUAAUGUGAUCUGCGUUAUAAUUGUUUCCAUUUAAUUUUCUUACGCUUUCUAAGGAAAUGCAAACAUUCCCACAUCUGUUUUCUCAAGUGACCUUGGCUAACAAAUUUCGUAGUAUGGUGGGCUCUAUAAAACCCAUGUCACCCCAAUAGCGAGGAUUAGUAGCUACUAAGUUUGCUCGCAAAUUCCGAGAAUGCGUUGCAGAAUUUUAGUGCUAUGUGCGUUAAUUUGUCUAUUUGUUAUUCUGACCGAAGCUAGGCAGAGGAAAGUGAGUAGUCGUUCGGGAUCCAGAUCCCUGGCAGCCAGAAACGGAAACAGAAUUCACCGAAGUAAUGUGCGCCAACGGAGUGGAAAUAGACUAUCUGCCAGAUCAUCCAGAUCUGCCAGAUCUCCUAGAUCAAAGAACCUUAAGAAACGUGGACUAAAUGCGGGCAAGAAAAACCGGAGACGUCGUAAUUUGGCCAAGAAAAAGGAAGGCAGAAGGAAACGUAACGCGGCCAAUCGUAAAUCCAAGGCCAAGUCAAGUUCCAGCAGUGGUGCGAGUUUUGCUACUCUGCCACUGGAUUUCCAACAGAAUUUCGUACGGACCACCGACGAUUUGCGAUCGGAGAAGGUGUUUUUGGCCAGUCGAUAUGGCUUCAGCUUUGCCAAGACUUCUGGAUCCGCAAGACUGAGGAACAGAGCGAACAUGGAGUACACCUGCAAGCUGAGCAUUGGCACCCCGAAGCAGAAGUUCACCAUACUUCCGGAUACUGGUAGCUCCAAUCUCUGGGUCACAGGACCGCACUGCAGGAGCAAGGCGUGCCAAAAACACAAGCGUUAUCGUCCCAAGAAAUCCAGUACCUAUAUAAAAGACGGCGAGAAAUUUGGCAUUCUAUAUGGUUCCGGUUCCGUGGCGGGAGUUCUGGCCAAUGACACGGUGAGCAUAGCUGGACUGACGGUGACCAAUCAGACCUUUGCGAUGACCACCAAGGAACCGGGAAGUGUCUUUACCACGGCCUCCUUCGAUGGCAUACUGGGCAUGGGCUAUACGUCCAUCUCCGUGGAUGGUGUCACGCCCUUGGUGCAGAACAUGUGCGCACAGGAUGUGAUCUCCAGUUGCAGGUUUGCCAUUUGCAUGAAGGGCGGAGGCAGCUCGUCCCGAGGAGGUGCCAUUUUCUUCGGCAACUCCAGUACCAGCGCCUAUAGUGGCUCGCAUAGCUAUACCUACACUCCGGUGACCAAGAAGGGUUACUGGCAGUUUGAGCUGCAGGCUCUCUACGUGGGCGGCACCAAAGUGAGUGGUGCGGUGCAGGCGAUUGUGGAUUCCGGAACAUCCCUCAUGACGGCGCCAACGGCCAUCUACAAGAAGAUCAACAAGAUCCUCGGCUGCAAGGAGACCUCCAGUGGGGAGUGUUGGAUGAAGUGCUCGUCGGAUGUACCCGACGUCACCCUGGUCAUCGGGGGCAAGAAGCUCGUCCUUAUGGGUAAAAAGAUUAUGGUGAGGGUGCAAACCAGCAAGGGUAAAACCAUUUGCGUGUCGGUGUUUAUUGAAGUUCCGGACGAACCUCUAAUCCUGGGCGAUGCCUUCAUAAGGCACUACUGCACCAUCUUUGAUUUCACCAACAAUCGCCUUGGAUUCGCUGCCACCACUUACAAGACAUAGGCUAAAGUGUAAUCUUUAAAAAUGUAAAGACAAUAAAGCUGAUCUCGCAGAGGGAAUCAUCAAUAAUAUAAAUAUUUCAGACUAGAUUUUUCAUAUUUAAAAUAAGUACUUACUGAUACAAUUAAUAUUUAAUAUAUUAAUUAAUUACUUCAUAUGUUCCUAAGUUCUGACCUACCCAAUUACCUUCCUAAUCAGCCAAAAACAGCUGUGCAUUUACAUAAGCAAUAUU